AUUGUUGGCAGACCAUUUAUUACACACAUCUUCAGUUAUAUGCGUAUCUCUGCGCAAUUCUGUUCUCCGGUUUCCAGUAUUAUUUUAAUGUUUUUAAUUUUUCAAUUCUUUUAAAAUAAUCUAAAACAUUAAUUAAGAUUUAAUUUUUCCGUCUUUUUUUCUUAAAUUGGAAAUUAUUUCUCGGACAGUGGUGACAAAUACUGGAGACUAAUAACAAAUUUUAUACAACUGUUUGAUUUUAACCUCAUAAAAGGUGUGAAGUAAAAUUUUAAUUUUUACCAACGAAAUUAUAUCAUCCAAUAGAAAGAUUUAUUCUAUUUUUUGUUUUUGUAAAGAAAUAAAUUUUGUCAACAUGUUUUUACCGAAUAAAUGUGGAAUUUGUGAUGAGGUUAAUGACUUGAAAAAAUGUACACGAUGCAAUUUAAUAUCCUAUUGUGGUGGUGAGCAUCAGAGACAACAUCUGAAGGAUCACAAGAGAAUUUGCAAAGUAUUAGCCGAGAUAUUACAGGAAUCAAAAUUAUCUCACAUAUUUGAAAAUUCACAUGGUAUUGAUCAUCAAAAAUGGAUAUUAACCAGAGAAUUGACUGUGCGAAAAGUGAAUCAAAGACUUGGAAGAAAUCUCGAUGACGAUGAGAAAGCAAUGAUUCGAAUGCCACGAAGUUGUCUUGUUUGCCAUGAAACAAGAAACAGUGAAUUAACAAAUUGUUCAUUUUGUCCUUUUGCAAGUUUUUGCAAAAAUCAUCGUGACGAUAAUCAACAUGACAAGUAUUGUUCACUUAUGAGAAUUUGCAAUGCAAUAGGAAAUUAUAAUUCCAUAUCUGGACCAGAACGUUAUAAUGAAUCAAUUAUUUCAAUUCUUCGUACGCAAUUUAAGUUAAAUUUAAAGCCACCUUUGGAUAUGGAUGAUUUUUUAAAUUGUUAUAUAGAUAAAUCUUUGAUUAUUGACGAUAUAUUAAAAAUGAUUGUGUCUGAUUAUUUUAGUGUACCUUUGACACUGUAUAGUGCUUUGAAAACUCUUAAUUAUUGUCACACAUAUAGUCUUGUACUUCACGUGGGUGGUAGUGAAUUUCCAUUUGAGCAUGUUCAAGUUUGGGAGACUAUUUUACACUUGCUGCCCAAUUUGAAGAAAUUAUUGGUCGUUUACAUUGGACAGAAGUAUAAUUUUCAUCGGAUAAUAUUUCCAUUGUGUGAUGCUUGCGCAAUGGACAGAACAAUUGCCGUUGAUGUUUUCAGCAUGAAUUACAAGCAAUACAUGAAUUCAGAAUAUUUCGAAAAGCCAGAUCUAGUUGCAUUUCUAAAUCAUGUGUCUCCAGCGGAAAAUAGUGCAAUGCGUGAACAAUAUGAGGACGAUUUUCUCUUAAUAUGCGGUAGAAUAAGUUCUUGCUUGGUGGUAACGACGACAUCCGAGAAGAAAAUGUAUUCAGCAGCAAGGGAUUUUCAAUCGACUUUGUGCUUUCGGGAAAUUUUGAAAGACGAUAACAAUAAAUUUGCUUCACUAAAACCACAAAUAGAUUGGGAAGAUGGCAUUGCAUUUAAGUCGAAUGAAAAUAUCCUCAUCUUUUGUCUCCCAGCACGAAAAUUCUUCUAUGGAACCAACUGUCACGUUUGUCAUUCGAAUGAAACAUUUGUCACCUGCGAAUUUUGUCGAAUGAUUUUCUAUUGCGACGAGGAACAUCAACAGGAUGAUUACUUUAGUCACAAGGAUCUUUGCAAAGUGUUGAUAUCGAUGAUGGAGAAUACGGAAACCAUGUGUUUUUACAGUCACUUGAAGGGAGCCGAUUCGGAGACUUGGCUUCGUGCCAAAAUUGAAAUAAUGAUAAAAGCAGAAUUGAAACUUGGAAGAAGGCUCAUGGAUUUCGAGGAGGAACUUCUUCUCUUUCCAAAGACGUGUUUCGUCUGUCAUGAAAGUGAUUUAGACGUGUUAAAUGAUUGCGAAUGUGGGAUUAGCCUUUGUCAGGAACACAGAGAUGAUGAGACACAUGAUAGUAUGUGCAAGGAAUUCGAUUUAGCCUACAGAGUGACGACAGCAAAACAAUUUCCCAUAAUUGCAGCGAUAGUGAGAGAUGUAAAACUCAAAAUCGAUGAAAAACUUCCAAAAUCGCUGGAAGAAUUCGUCAAGAAAUUUUUGUUAAUAAGCAAUAAAAUUUCAGAUUAUCGUGUUCCCAAUUACGAGAGGCUAAUGAUGACAGACUUUUUAACAAGACCACUAACUCUACUUUACGCGAUAGAACGAUUAAAUUUCAACAUUCAGCCAAUGAUGGUGAUACACGUGAUUGGGGCAUCGACUUUUGAAAUUUGGUCGCAGAAAUAUUGGAAGAUUCUUUUAUUUUGGUUGAAAAGUUUAAAGAACUUGAUUGUCGUUUUCAUUGGACCUGAAAUUUAUGAAUUUAACAAUGACGAUGUUGAAUUGACAUUCCCCGAAACAUCGUUGGGAAAUGAUCAAAGACUUUGCGUUAUCUCACCUCCAAUUCAUUAUGAAGAUUAUUACAAGCACAAGUCAUUUUUAAGACCUGAUAUUAUAGUUGGAUUUAAUCUUGAGAUUCAUGAAAUUGAAUUGGGAAUUUCAAGUUCAUCGUGGAGAAAAAUGCUCUCGACUGUGGAAAAAAUGAAUGUGCCCUUUAUUUUGACUGCGGGAUCCAAAGAACGUGCUCAAAGAGAUCACGAGAUAAUGAGUGUUCUCAUGAAUAAAAAUUUGACUUAUUUUUCCUCCGAGGUUAAUCCAUUUGCUGGACAUAUUCCUCAACGUGAUUUUAAAACCGAAGGUCUUCGGUAUUCAAACAAAUAUGUGACAAUUUAUAAUCGAUUUUAAAUAAUCCAAACAACAAAAAUUUCUUCUUUACGUUUAUUUUUAAAAAACGCGCUUUUUUAUAAUUAUAAUGACACGUUGUUACUCAACAUAAAAUAAGACUGACAAAUUAUUUUAAGGUACAUUUAUUGCAAUGAGGAAUAUAUUUUUAAAUAUAUAUAUAUAUAUAUAUACAAAAGCCAAUAGGCCAAACAGUACUUUGAGAUCUUUUAUUUAAUUAAUACAUGGCUUCAUAAAUUUAUUAAUAAAUAAAUAAAAUUAGUUAUUACAAUAAAACACAACAACUCUCAAUAAAAUUAUAUGGGUCAA